AUGGCUGAUGCCGGUGCCGGCCUCUUUGCCGACUGCGAAAUCGCGUUUGUGCCGAGCAAUUCCCUGGCGCCGAAACUCAUCAGCGAGCUCUCCACCAUUCUCGAGGAUAAUGGCGCCGUCAUUCACGAACCACGACGCGACGGCACGCUCGCCGUCGAAAAGGUCACUCACAUCAUCUCCAACACCAUCGACUUCCCGCAAUACGUCGAGUCGCAGGCUGUUAUGAUUCCCGUCAUCACCGUCCAGUGGAUCACCUCGUCCGUCUCGCGCCGCAAGCUGGCUCAGGUCCGACCCUUCUCGCCGGACCCACGGAUGAUCUUCUCCGAGGUUGUCGUCACCUGCGCCGGCCUGCCCGUCAUGGACCGGGAGAGCAUCGUCGGCGCCACCAUGGCUCUGGGUGGACAGGAGUCGAAGGAGGUGAGCCGGCUGACGACGCACAUUUGCGCUCUCACCAUGGACGACCCCAAAGUUAAGCAGGCCGCGGCAGGCCGCGUCAAAUGCAAGAUUGUCCUGCCUCACUGGUUUGAUGCUUGUUUCAAGCUUGGAAAGCGUAUUGAAGAGGCACCCUAUCUUCUCCCCGACCCGGAGAUUCUCCACAGGACACCCGAAGACAAACUGGAGAUACCUGUUAACAACAACCUGGAGGGAGCGACGUCGACCAAUCCUCAAUGGCUGCCGGAUGUCGGCAGUCGCUCACCCUGCACCGUCUUCCAGUCACGCAAAGUACUUCUGUGCAAGGAUCUCGGCAUCACCCACCGCCUCACCAAGGUCCUUAAGGACAUUAUCCACGACGGCGGCGGUAGGUUGGUCGACGACGUGGAUGAGUGCGACACGCUCAUCUGCCAGUUUCGACAAGGUCACGAAUACGUCCAGGCGGCCCAGUCGUGCAAGGACAUCGGCAGCCUGUCGUGGCUCUACUACCUCAUCGUCCACAACCAGUGGCGCAGUCCGCUUCACCGACUGCUUCAUUACCCUGUCCCGCAGGACGGAAUCGAGGGCUUCGACAAGAUGCGCAUUACCGUCUCCAACUACGGCGGUGAGGCGCGAAUUUAUCUCGAAAAUCUCAUCAAGGCCUGCGGCGCUCAGUUUACCAAAACGAUGAAGCCCGACAACACGCAUCUCAUCACGGCGCGCAACACGAGCGAGAAAUGCAAGGCUGCGCCCGAAUGGGGAGUCCACGUUGUCAACCAUCUCUGGAUCGAGGAGAGUUACGCCAAGUGCGAGGUCAAACCGAUCAAUGUUCCCAAGUUCAAUCACUUUCCCCCUCGGACCAACCUGGGCGAGAUUAUUGGUCAGACCUUUUUGGACGAGUCCAAGCUGAGAGCCAUCUACUACCCCGGCGGCGAGGAGACAAUGUCGCCGAGGGCGAAGAGAAAGCGCCAGGUUCUCCAGGCGGCCAAGGAGAACGGCUACCAGAAAGGACCGGCUGAGGGUGUCGUCAUCGGCAAGGAGGAUGACCGAGACUUCGACGUCAUGCGCGACCACGAAGCGAACGAGGGCAUGACGCGCGGCAAGGUGAGCGCCUCAGUCGAAACACCGGUGCGUGCACGUCGUGUGCAGCCGGGCAAGGAGAACGACACACCGGCGACGGGGUCGACGGGAGGCCGCAGCGCCAAGGCCAAGGCGCGGGACCUGCUCCAGUGCAUCGCGCCCGACAUUGCGCUGUACGAGAAGGAGAAGAAGCGACAGAGCAAGUCUGGAGCUCCCUGGGGCGGCAAGCGAGCCGCCGAUAUGGUGGAGAAGGAGAAGCAGGAGAAGGAGGAGGCCCUGGCCGAAGUUGACGAGGGGGUCAAGAGACCGACGAAGAAGGCACGGCCCUCGCUGCCGGAAGUCGAGACGCGCAUCGUCGUGACUGGCUUCAAGAGGUGGAUCGGUGACAAGAACAAAGAGGACCACGACCGGAGGAAGUUGCGGGAUCUCGGAGUUCAAGUUGUCCAAGAAGGGCAGCCGUGUGACUUUGUGGUGGCGCCCAACGUCAUGCGCACCGUCAAGUUUCUCUGCGCCUUGGCACGGGGGGCCAGGGUGCUGUCAACGAGCUUCAUCGAAGAGACCCUCCAACGAAACGAAGUCCCGUCUCCCGAUGACUUUCUUCUCGGCGACGAGGCGGCGGAGAAGAAGUACGAGAUGAAUCUCGAGACAUCGUCGUCCAGGGCCAAAUCGAACAGGGGACGGCUCCUGCAGGGGAUUCCCAUCUACUGCACCGAAAAAAUCCGCCACGGCGCCGGCAGCUACCAAACCAUUGCCGAGGCCAACGGCGCCAUCUUCAAGCUGUACAAGGCUCGCAGCGGCACGACGAUUAAGCCAACGACGGCGGAAGAGGACGGCGGCGCCCCGCCGGAGCCGGUGUACCUGCUCAGCAACAAGUCACCGGAAGAGAAGCAGCUGUGGCCGCGGUUCGAAGAGAUGGCGCGUAACGGCCACAUGGAGCCGAGGAUCGUGGCGCCGGACUGGCUACUCGACGUGGCCAUGGCGCAGUGUGUGCGCUUCAACAAGAAGUUCUUGGUUGAGAACUUCAACGGCCAAUGA